CGUAGUCAGUAACCAGGUUCGUGUUUAGUAAGCCUAUCAACCGACCGCUAUCCGUAUUAAAACAUCCCUUCAAUCACUUGAAUGAUGGAUCCCCGCUCUCGAGUCCCCUCCACCAUAAUGGCCUCCUCGAAAUUCCUAUCCCACCUCCACUCACUCUUCCCGGCCGCCUCGGCGUUCGCAAAGAACAGUCCGUACGCGUACAUAGCCGGCAUUGCGUUCGCCGCGCAGAGUAGACCACAAGAUGUGUUGGCUGUAUAUUUGCACGCCCGUUCCUCCAAUAGCGGCACGGGCAUUACGACGAUGACGAAGGCGUUCAGAGAAGCAUUGUUCAAAACCGGCGUGCUGUACGGUAUGCCGAGGAUGAUCAACGCUCUGGCGGAGGUGGUGAAGGCUAUACCGGAGGAGGAGGGAGGAGGGAAGGAUGCUGAGCCGUGGAGAUCACAUACCCUGUCGCCAGAGACGCUGAACGACAAGGGCGUCAAGCUGUUCGACGAGACGUAUGGAGACAAGGCACAAGAGGUCAGGUCGCUGCUGAAGGGACUUCAUCCUGACUUCGACUACUUCUGUAUGACACUCAUCUACGGCCCUGUGUAUGCCUACGAUGGGAUCCUGGGGCCUGCGGAAACCGAGCUGGCAAUGAUUGCAGCUCUCACUGCGAUUCAGUCGCCGUUGCAGGUGGGGUGGCAUGUCGAUGGGGCACUGAGACACGGCGCCAGUAGGGAAGAUGUGGAGGCAACAAAAAGGAUCGCGGAAGAGAUUGUGGCGCGGGUUUCUGGAGAGCUGGCGGAGGAGCGGAAGACUUUCGAAGCGGCUGUUUGAACGGCUAAUUUUUGGACUUUUUGGACUGGAUA